UAGUUAGGGUUAGUGUAUGAUAUUCGGGGUUAGGAUUAGAGUUAGGGCUAGGGCUAGGGUUAGGUUUAGAUGAGUUAAUUAGGGUUAAGUUAGAGGGUUUUGAUUAGGUUAUCCACUGAUGGAGAUCUAAUAUCCAUUAGCCAAAAGGUUACUUUUUGUAAUUUUUAAGAAACUUAGGGGUAUAUGGUGAAUUAUGAAAAAAGUGGGGGUAUUUGGUGAAUAAAAAAUUGUUAGGUGUGGUGAAAAAACUGUUUUUUUUUUCUUUCUAACAAAAAAUAAAAACUGAACAUUUAAUAUUGCACAGUUUAAUGUAUAGAGGAGUUCAAUGGGGUAAAAGAUUCAUUUUUGUCAGUAAUAAUGGUGCAUUGGGAGCUGAAACAUGAGAAUACUAGUUUUUUAUGCACACGAUGCGUGCGACGAUAUUUUUGGGCAUAACUGUUACUUAUUAUUGAAACAAACCAUGUAAAGAAGAGAUCAAUACUGCUAAUCAAGAUUGAUAUUGAUUGAGGUUCAUGCCAAAUUAUGUCCAGAGGAGUCAAGAUAAAUAUAAUUUAUUUCAUGAUUUUAUGUAAUAUUGUUGUUUCACUUAUAGAUAAUUGAGUAUGAUUAACGUUAGUUAUGUUGUUUGUUACUAGUCCAAAAAAAUUGUCACCAAAAGCACACAGCCACAUGUAUGCAAGUAACAAACUCACAUAAUUUUACCCACCCACCUAUCCAUAUGACUAUCAAUCCCACCUACCAUAUAAAUAUCCACCCCAUAUAUCCAUAUGAUUGAUGUGUCUCACUUUUUUUUUUCAUCUAAUCCUCCACAUCUUCAUCUUCCCCACCUACAACCUUAUAUCUUCCCUUUCCUCAAAAAAUUAGAACGAUUCUUUCAUUAAAAAAAAAUUUUAGAACGACUCAUCUACUUAUCUUCACUAUCUUUCAUGUCUUGCUAAAAAAGAUUGAGAUUUCAUAUUUAUAUUCAUAUUUCACGGCAAACACCAAUUAAUAAGCCAAUUAUGGUGUCAAGAUUAACCCUAUAUUAACGGUCCAUUAAUUUUUGGGAUAAUUUUGGUCUCUGUUUUUGUGAAUCUUUUUAAGUUUUCAUUUCGAUCGGAUGGUAAUGUUCAAAACAUUCGUGAAAAUGGGGUUGAAAUUAGAGUUUAUGUGGUUGACGAAGUAAAUGAGGGACCUCAAAUUUGAAGGUAAUUAUUUACGUUUUAUGGUCCUGAUUUCGUCCCAAAAAUGUAAUUGUCAACUAAAAGAUUCGGUUACAUUUUAUUUGAACUUUUAUUUGUAAAAAUUAUUUUUUGAAGAAAUUUGUGGCUAGAGUUCUUAAAUCAUCCACUUUUCCUUUUUCUUUUCCUUUGUUUUUUUUCAUAACUUCUUCUACUCCUUUUACCGGGUUUUUAAUUAUUCAUACUUUUUCUACUCUUUUUUUGGAUUUUAAAUUAUUCAUAAGAAAUCUGAGUAAAAUCAAUCGUUUUUCAUCGGUUUUUAAUUUCAAUAUUUAUUUUGGCAAAUUAGUGUAAUUUCAGUUUUAGUUGGAUUUUUGUGUCAUUUGUUAUUGUAUUCAAAAUUGAUUUAUAUUUUAGAAUGUCUUUUUUUCUUAUAAACAUGUACUGAUUUUUUUAAAUAAUUACUUCGAAAUUUAUACCAUAUAGAGACUUAAAUUAUUCAUGCAAUUUGAAUAUAAGAAUUAGUUUUUUUUUCAACUAAUUUGAAAUAACUUGCAAGAUGAAAAAGAAUUAUGUACCUUUUUUAGAAGUUCGCAUAUCGCCAAUGGACAAAUGUGAAUCUUCCAGUCGAAAGCAUUUGUUUUUCUUAGUUUGUAAUUUGUAUUGACGUUGUAGUGUAUUGGUAAAUUUUUUUAGUAUGUAAUUGUAAAUGGCUAUUGGAAAUGGAGUAUGUAAUUGCUACUUGGUGGUAGUUUAUAAUUGAAUUUUCUUGUUUUUUGUAAAGUUUCCUAAUUUCGGUUAUUUGUAUAACGUGAAUCAUGCAAUACAAUUGAUUUCAGUUGACUUGUGAUUGAUUGUUAUAAUUGUAUUUUCGAUAGUUUUUUUGAAGUCUCGUUUUGGUUGAAAUUGCUCUUGUAAUUUAGAAAAGGAAUGGGGUAAAACAGUAUAUUCAAAUGGGGACACCAUAGCUCCCCCCUUCCUUAUAUAAUAGUGAUUUUGAAAAUGAAACUAUUUACAUGAGGGUAUUUUAGGUAUAACUAUUGAUUGAAAUUAGCAAUAUGACUUACAUUUUGGAGACACCUUAUAAAGAAACGGGAUUUAUAUUAUGUGACGGAUGAAGUAUUAAAUAUUCAAAGUUUUCUAUCAAAUAAUCAAACAAUAUUAUCAUUUCACACUUCAACUUAUUUUAACAUGACCUUUAUUAAUAAGUGAAGAAGGAAAAAGAAAAAAGGGAUUAUGAUGCUUUAAAUAAUAGCAUCCUAGAAUCGACCAAAUUUGGUAAGUAAUCUGCUCUGAUAUUUAAUGUGGGAUAACCUCCCAAAAGAAAAAAAGCAAAAAAGAAAACUCAUUAUUUUUAUAAAGCCAAAGGGGAGCAUACAAAAACUCAUAAAGUGAAAUUAGUUUGUGAAGUUGAGGAGUAACGGCAACAAGAGAAAGAAGAGAUAGGAGUAAGAAGUUUGUGAUCUUCAAACUUGUGCUCGAACCAUGGUCGAAAGCAAGUCGGCAAUUGAAAAUUUACCUCUGGAUGCAUUGAGACAAAUCAUGGUUCGUGUGGCAGAGCCGCCUAAUGGUGCAAUAGAAAUCCUACACACAUUUUACAUGUGCAAGGCAUUUCAAGAUUUCUCUGAAGAUGAAGAUAUCUUAAGUACAGUGGUCUUUGAGGAUUUGUCAACAUAUUGCUUAUCUCUAUGUGAUCCGUUCUCGGUACAUAAGUGGGAAGCAAGUGGUUCUCCAGAUAUAUCAAGCCAAUUUCAAGCAUUCCAGCAUAUAGGUGGAUUUGUUCAUAGGGCUGCAAAAACAGGAAAUCUGAGUGCUCAACUGAUUCUAGCAAAAUUGAUACUCAUGAGCACUUCAGAGCUGUUGCACGCUAAGAAUGAAGCAUCAAAUCCUGAAGUGCCCCCUCAAAAUGACAAAGAUGACAAGUUAAGCAGACGUGCUAAAGCAUCAUCUUUAGUAGCUCAUUUCACAGGUCAAGCAACUGAUGCUAAUACUGAAGGAAAGUUACUGCACUAUGAGCUAGUUAAGAAGCUAUUGAUCCAAGCAGACCUUGAGGAAAUACAAAAUGUGAAACCCUACUUACAAGAUUACAUAAGUUAUUUUCUACAUCCGGCGGUAAAAUCUCACCAUGACAAGUUUCUCACUCUGCUUGAAGAACUGGAUGAAAUUCACACUACAAUAUUCCUGCGCGCAACUGCAGAAUCAUUUGCCAGGGCUUUUAACAAUUUAUGUGUAACAGGAAGCAAGACUAUGCUAGCUCUAGGUGUGAAUUUACGAAUACUACGAGCUCUAAAGCUGUCUUUAGUGAAGGAGAAGGAUUAUUUCUCACCUGACAAUCUGAUCGAGCGAUUUGGAACUGUGGAGAACUUACUUAAGGAAGGUCUUAAAGAGGCAACAGGUCGAGGCCGUGAAUUAGAGCAUGCAGAUCCUCGAGCAGGUCCCAUUUCAAAAAUGAUCGAAAGGAUACAUGUGGUCAAGGAAAGUCUUUUCGUGCACUUGCGACUUAUAGAAUUCAUUGCUGUAACCCAAGCUGAUAUGAUUACAGAGUUUGAUGCCUUUUUCUCUAUUUAACUUGUCAAAGGUGUUUGAAAAGUAUUAACUUCUUUAACUGCUAAGAUGGUUGCUUCUUGUUCUGAACCAUGCAUAUGGAAACUUUGUAAUAAAUUUGGUAAAUUUGCUCUUCUCCUUUCAUGGCGAACCCUGGAAGCUAAUUUAGGUUAUCUUUCCUCUUCGUAUAUAUACAAGCAGUAAUUCUGUACAAUGACAGAUCUGUAAUUUAUGAAUUCUGUGAGUUUAUACUUUUCAAAUCUUAUGUUUAACAAAACAUUUAAUGUAAUAGGU